CACUGAUUGUGCAGUCACUGAUGUCAUGAGUAAUGAUCAAUUAAAUAUUAUAAACAAUCAAACUUAAUCAAAAUAAACCAUAUUUUAACAAUAUAAAUUUACAUCAUGUCUCAUAAUAUAAAAAUUCUACCAGGAGCAACAGUUUGUGAAGACUGUACCUUAGAAGGUGAUAUAACAAUCGGUGGAGGCACUGUGAUACACCCAAGAGUGACUAUUAUUGCAGAAGGAGGACCUAUAAUUAUUGCUGAGUACUGUAUUAUAGAGGAAUACUCCACUAUAAUACACAAAAAGUCAGAUAAACAAGAGAGUCCUCCCAAAGCAUUAUUCAUUGGUGCUCAUAAUGUAUUUGAAGUUGGCUGCAGGUUAGAGUCAAUUUUUGGCCACAUUGGAGAAAACAAUAUUUUUGAAUGUCGGUCCUUUGUUGGGGUUGAUGUCAGAAUUGGCAGUGGGUGUGUUGUUGGUGCAGCAUGUUGUUUGACAGCACAACAAGUAUUAGUUGACAACACAGUAAUAUGGGGCUCUGAACAUCACAUUAGAGAAGCAUUAGAAAAACAACCAUCUCAACUCCUACAGCUUGAUUUUCUUAGCAAAGUGAUGCCAAACUACCACAGACUACGAAAACCAAAUGUUCAUAAACGACAACCAUCCAGACAGUCUACAGAGCCUGCAAAAUAAGUCUCGAUGUAAAUUAUUUAUUCAUCUAUUUAAAAAGGUUGCAUACAUAUUUGAAAAAUGAAAUAUUAACACUGCUUAAAAUAUAAAUUAUUCUCUA